UCUAACCGGUCUGUGAAUGGACACCCUGGUUCAGCUCCAGAACAGCCCGUUCCUCAUGGGUCUCUGCCGGAACGGAGCUCCAGUAGACCUGCAGUAUGACAAUUCUUCAGAACUGUUCCGUAUCUCCACCUUCGCCCGGUUUCCGUCAUUGGGGGUAACGGAGCGCAGUCUGGCGAGGGCAGGGUGGUUCUAUACUGGUGUUGGAGACCGGGUGCAGUGUUUCAGGUGUAACGUGACGGCGGAGGGCUGGCAGACAGGGGACUGUCCAACAGAGAGACACAGACAGCUGUCCUCCUCCUGCUCCUUCAUCCAGACCCUCCCCUCCACAGCCAACCUCCUCUCCUCCUCACACUCGGCCUUCUCUCCUCUACGCAGCGCCCCUGUCAUACCGGUGUCAGGCCCUGGCCCAGCCCCCCUCCCUGUCUCUGCCCCUAACCCUGCCCUCAAUCCAGUGCCGGGGGAGGAGCCUGUUGGAUAUUUGAAUAUGGGGUUCUCUGCCCCGCCCCCCUCCAGCCCGCUGAGCUCCAGAGGAGUAGAGGACAUGUCCCACCAGAGACCCCCUACCUGUCACAACCCCAGUAUGAGGAGAGAGCAGGACCGUCUGGACUCCUUCCACUCCUGGAUCCUGUCCAUCAUCACCCCCUCUGAGCUGGCUAAGGCUGGCUUCUAUUACCUGGGACAGGGAGACCGCGUGGCCUGCUUCACCUGUGGAGGACAGCUCAGUAACUGGGAGCCAGGGGACCGGGCCGUAUCAGAGCACCAGAGACAUUACCCCAACUGUCACUUCGUCAGAGGAGACCGGGCCGACAACGUCUCCCUAGCCGGGGUGGUGGGGGUAGCAGGCACCUCUCAGCCCCCCGGGGCAGAAGCCCUAGCCCCCCCGGGCCCCGGCCCCCCAGGUCUAAGCAACGUGUCUAACCCAGCCAUGCAGCAGCGUGAGGAGAGGUUGCUGACCUUCGUCCACUGGCCCUUACGUAUCCCCGUGCGCCCUGACCAGCUGGCCAAGGCAGGGUUCUACUAUGUCGGGCGUAAUGAUGACGUGAAGUGUUUCUGCUGUGACGGGGGUCUGAGAUGCUGGGAGUCAGGUGACGACCCCUGGGUGGAGCACGCCAAAUGGUUCCCUAGGUGUGUGUACCUGCUCCAGGAGAAAGGUCAGGAGUUUGUCCAUCAGAUCCAGGCUCGCUUCCCUCGCCUCUUUGAACAGCUCCUAACCAAUGGGGACAGCAGCUCCAGAGAGUUUGUGGACCCCCCGGGUGAGGAGCGCUCGGAGGAUGCCGUGAUGAUGAACACUGCGGUGGUUGUGUCGUCACUAGAGAUGGGGUUUGAGCGUGGCCUGGUGAAGCAGACAGUCCAGAGUAAGAUUCUGACCAGCGGAGAGAACUACAAGACGGUCCAGGAACUGGUCUCAGACCUGCUGAGUGCAGAAGAUCAGAAGAGAGAGGAGGAGAGAGAGAUGCUGGCCGAGGAGAUGGCUUCUGACGGGCAUUCAUUCUUAAAGAGACACCAGGCAGCGUUGGUCCUGCGCCUGAAGAGUGUUGAGUCUGUCCUGGAGCACCUCCGAGAGCAGAACGUCAUCAGUGGAGAGGAAUACAGUGGUCUCCAGGGCCAGUCCUCCCAGCAGCAGACAGCCAAACUGAUAGACUUGGUCUUGACUAAAGGGAACGCAGCAGCUGAGGUCUUCAGGAACUGGAUCCAGAAGAACGAUAUCUACCUGCUCAGAGACCUCAUGGCCCAGGCAAAUGAAGCCGCAUCACCGAGUCAAGAUCUCUCAGACCUGCCGAUGGAGGAGCAGCUACGGCGCCUGCAGGAGGAGCGGACCUGUAAGGUGUGUAUGGACAAGGAGGUGAACAUUGUCUUCAUCCCGUGUGGUCACCUGGUGGUCUGUAAGGAGUGUGCUCCCUCUCUGAGGAAAUGUCCCAUCUGCAGAGGACUGGUCAAGGGCACCGUCCGAACCUUCCUCUCCUAGAAGACCGAAGAGGAAACAGGGCCCCUCCCAGCACUGUCAAACUUCUUUGACCUAGUCUCCUAUCUACUCCUAGAGAAUAGCUAACAGUCUAUUCUAAGCGUGUCAUUCUCUAUUCCUGGACGGCUGUGUUUGCUGGUUUUUCUGAUCUCCUUUCAUUUCGUGUCCAAUGAAUUCCUAGAGAACCAGGUGAGGGGAGUUGCUAACUAAUCAAUAAAGACCUAGACAGUCAGGUGAGGGGAGUUGCUAACUAAUCAAUAAAGACCUAGACAGUCAGGUGAGGGGAGUUGCUAACUAAUCAAUAAAGACCUAGACAGUCAGGUGAGGGGAGUUGCUAACUAAUCAAUAAAGACCUAGACAGUCAGGUGAGGGGAGUUGCUAACUAAUCAAUAAAGACCUAGACAGUCAGGUGAGGGAGUUGCUAACUAAUCAAUAAAGACCUAGACAGUCAGGUGAGGGGAGUUGCUAACUAAUCAAUAAAGACCUAGACAGUCAGGUGAGGGGAGUUGCUAACUAAUCAAUAAAGACCUAGACAGUCAGGUGAGGGGCGGUACUAUUUAAUCAAUAAAGACCUAGACAACCAGGUGAGGGGAUUUCCUAACUAAUCAAUAAAGACCAGGACAACCAGGUGAGGGGAUUUCCUAGCUAAUCAAUAAAGACCUAGACAACCAGGUGAGGGGAGUUGCUAACUAAUCAAUAAAGACCUAGACAGUCAGGUGAGGGGCGGUACUAUUUAAUCAAUAAAGACCUAGACAACCAGGUGAGGGGAUUUCCUAACUAAUCAGUGACCUUUUAUUGAUCAAUCAAGUACAAGAGAGUAGUGAAAACCCGCAGACACUCGACCCUCGAGGACUGGAGUUUGACACUAUCCCAUAAGCAACGACUACAAUCUCACCGUCUCUGUUCAUAUCGGAAUGUAGCCUGUUAAACCUACCUGCUUAACCAUUAACUAAUAUGUUCCUGUGUAGAUAUACACAUUACAGAACUGUAGGAAUGCAUGAGGUUAUAUAAAGGCAUAACUAUAAUUGUCCAUCUAUGUAAUCAGUCCAUUGAUAGAGCAUACAACUACUUCCUGUAGUUGUAGUUUCAACUGGACAGAUGUGUAGUAACCAGUGAAGGCUCCUGCAUCCUGAAUAGCACCCUAUUCCCUAUUUUGGGCACAUUGGCAACUGGUUAAAAGUAGUGCACCAUAUAGCAAAUAAGAUGCCAUUUGGAACGCAGGGCAGCCAGUCAAGGCCCUCGCAUGUAAAGGCUAGGUUGACUAUUCUGCUGUUGAAUGUCUCAAAUAAAUGCUAGGUUGACUAUU